CUCGUAAGAACAAAUGUCAAUCGAUUUGGAAUGGAAUGGGCUUGACUCGUCGCUCGCGUCCUCGCUCAUCGAUGCUCUCAACCGCCAGCUAUCAUCGACGUCGCGCCCGUCAUUCAUAGGGCCCAUCGAGGUCACAUCCUUCGACUUCGGCUCGGUGAGCCCGGAUAUCGAGCUCGUCGACCUGCGCGACAUCUAUCGCGACUUCCUCGAGGACGACGAAGAUGCGGAGGACGUGGAGAAGGAGGCCGUAAAGGAGUCUCAGUGGACAGACGAAGAGGACGACUUCGAGUGGAUCUCGCGCAAAGCGGUGCGGGGGAAGGGCCUGCCGCAGGAUGUGCCGGCGUAUCACCUAUUGCCUCCGCACAUGCGCUACGGACGAGGUGUGCCAAUGGACAUGUUUGCGUCGACGCCGUCGCUGCGCCCCACAAGAGACAUCGUAUCCGUCACCUUCCCUCUACGCGUCCGCAAUGGUUCGCGCCCGCCACACCAGCCAGAUGGCCAGGAGCCUAACCCACACCCCAAUUUACAGCUCCACCUGCACAUUACAUGGAACUCAAACCUUCGUCUGACGCUUACAACAUCACUCCUCAUCAACUACCCUUCACCUAUGUUCAUGUCGCUACCAAUCAAACUGUCUGUCACAGGACUCCUCUUCAACGGCGAGGUCGUCGUCGCGUAUGAGGGCGAGCGCCGCCGCGUUCACUUCGAGACGCCACCAGAAGCAGAUGAAGACAUGCCUGCCGCUGCGGCUGGCACUGCGAGGGCGGGUAAGCCCUUGCCGAUUGGCCAGCGCCUCCUACCUUCCAUAUACAUCGAGAGCGAGAUUGGCCAGGCGGACAAACACGUCCUGAAGAACGUCACACGCGUCGAACGCUUCAUCCAGGAUGUGAUCCGCAAGACCAUCGAGGAGGAGCUGGUCUUCCCGAAUUUCCACACCCUGGUACUCGGAGAUUCCGGCUCGUGA